AUGAGUCUUAGUUGCCUAACAUGUGGUCAAAUUCUUCAAAGGGUUAAUUCUGAGAGAGAUGAUUAUUAUCUUCCUGAAAACAAUGCUUCUUUUAGAAAACCAUCUAGACAGGUUGAAAGAACCUGGUCAGGGAACAUAGCUCCACCACAAAAACUCGGCGGCGCCAUGGCGAAGAUCAAAGCUGAACAUCGUCGCGCCAAUAGCGCGAGCGAUGCUGGGCCGAGGUUGGUGAGGAGCAGCGGAGUGAGAAGAGAUUGGAACUUUGAGGAUUUAAACGAUCAACAACAAGAGAAGCGAAUUAGAAUAUAUUGA